AUGACGGAUGGGAAUCUUCCUGAGCAGUGGUGGCUCCUGCACCGUCAAAUGCGGCACCAGGUCUUGCAGCUCGUAGAUAAAAGGGACAAGACCUGUGCAGAGCUGGUGACGACCUAUGAGAACACCGCAAAUGUGAGGCAUCUGAGGAGCGUCGAAGAUGUCAUGUGUUUCAAAGACCCAAAUAACACAGCUCAGCCUUGUCAUGGCAUGUACGGAGCCCCAAUAGUGUGCGCCAAGGGACAAAUCGUGGGACUCCUGACCGCCCCGUCCGCGCAAUGGCGAUAUUGUGACCACAUGUCUAUCCUAGUACACAAACUCUCCAGUCUAUGGAACAGGGCAUUCUUGCAGUGUUUUGAAACGUAA